AUUCGUCUGGUUUGUAGCAGUCGCGUCAAAACAUUUCAGCGGUCAACAAGCGGUUCUCAGAUCUUUCUGCGUCAAGAUGCGUAUCGGAGCUAUCAUUCCCAAUUUCCAGGCGGAGAGCACCAAGGGCCCGAUCGAUUUCUACCAGUGGCAGGGUGAUUCGUGGUGUGUUCUUUUCUCUCAUCCCGCCGAUUUCACCCCGGUCUGUACGACCGAGUUGGGACGGAUCGCCGUCCAUAGGGAGCACUUCGCGAAGAGGAAUGUGAAAAUUUUGGCCCAUUCAGUUGAUGACCUCAAGUGCCAUGUGGACUGGGUGAAUGACAUCAAAUCGUACUGUCCGGAUAUUAUCGGUAAUUUCCCGUACCCGAUCAUAGCUGAUCCUACCCGUGAGUUAGCUGUCCGAUUCGGUAUGCUCGAUGAGAAGGAUAAGGACGAUCCAGAGCUGGCGCAAAUUGUUCGUGCACUAUUUAUUAUCAGCCCAGAUCAUCGUGUUAGAUUGACGAUGCACUAUCCAACUUCAACGGGUAGAAAUGUCGACGAGAUUCUACGAGUCAUUGAUUCGCUUCAGCUCACGGAUCGUCUGAAAGUGAUUGCAACUCCUGCGAAUUGGACGCCGGGCACCAAAGUGAUGAUCCUGCCGAGCGUCUCCGAAGCGGACGCCGACAAGCUCUUCCCCAACGGAAUCGAACGUGUCUCGAUGCCAUCCGGUCAUGUGUAUGUGCGCACUACAACCGACUACAAGUGAACACCACAGCUGGUUGUGGGAUUGUUUGUUACCUUUUUGUUUUUGAUUCUGUUUUCAUCUCUGAAGUACAAUAAAAUAUUGAUUUUUAUUGGA